AGGAUCUUCAUCAAAGGAUUCGCAAAGAUAGCAGAGCCUAUCCGCGCAAUGAUUAGGGAAGGCGACACUAUGGAUUGGACCGAGGAUAGGGAAGCGGCAACCCAGACCCUGAAAGACAUCCUGUCAUCCAAUCAGGUCACUCUAGCAGCACCCUGUUUCAAUGACGAGGUAGGACGACCUUUCAUCUUAGAAACGUAUGGGGGACCGCUGGCAGUUGGAGGAGUAUUGAUACAGAGAAGCGAGGAGGGCAGGGAAAGGCCAAUCAUAUUUGAAAGUAGGACCCUGAAUUCGGCAGAACGGCGGUACUCACAGUUCAAGAAGGAGGUCUUAGCGAUUCUGCAUUGCCUUAAGACCUUUCAGGCAUACCUGUUCGGAAGGCGAUUUAUCAUAAGGAUCGAUCCCACCAACAUUGUUGGGGCCCUAAAGAACUACAAGCCUAUAAAUCCGGCCAUUGGCAGAUGGAUAGGCUUCAUAUGGCAAUUCGACUAUAAGGUCGAGCGAAUCGCAGGGCUUCGAAAUAGGGCAGAUGGGCUGAGCAGGGUAUGUAUCACGGUUGAAGGAGUAGAGGACGCGGAACCAAUUGACGCCUUCCUGGAAUACGAGGGAGGGACCCUUGUUGUGGAUCAUGAGAUGGCAGAUCCAGCAACUACAAUUGGUCAGUUGCUGAUUCAUACCUUGAAAAAGGGCGCACCUGCAGUGGUUGCAGAACUCAGGGAAGGACUAGUCACCACGAUCAGGCGCAAAGAGGAAAAGGACUCGUGGGGAGCAGAAGUAGGGGCCAAAGAGGAACUAAUGGCAAUGACCGUGGAGGGGGGACGGGACGCCGUGAUGACGUUGGCCGAAGCCUGGGCGCAGAAGGAGUGUCAGUAUCUAGUCCACCUCACUCGGGAGGAGCAGGGUACGAAACAGAAGGAACAGGAGUUCUUCCUCAUACAGAUGUGCGAGGGCGUCUUCAAAGAAAUCGGUCUGCUACUUGUAGGGAACAAACAACCCACGGAAGUCAGUCCCAAGACAAAGGAGGAAGUCGAAAAGUAUGUCCUAAGAAAUGACCACCUGUUCAAGAAAGAGAAAGGGAUGAUACCUAGGCGUGUCGUUUGUGGAAGGUCUAGGCAGCUGGACGUGAUCCAGGCAAUGCAUGACGGGCUAGCUGGAGGUCACCGGUCGUCCAAGGGGACACUUGCAAAGAUCGUGCCCCUGUACUUCUGGCCAGGAAUGAUAGGCAUGGUCACGACGUAUUGCCAGACGUGUCUGAUAUGUCAAGAAAGGAGCUCCGUACGAGUCUACGAGCCCCUUAGACCCACUAGGGUACAGGGACCCGGACACCUUGUUCACCUCGAUCUUGCGGUUAUGCCCGUAUCGACGGAUGGGUUUAGAUAUAUCUUGGAUGCAAGGGAUAACCUCAGUGGCUAUGUAGAAGCCGUAGCCCUCAAAAAGAAGACUGGGAAAGCAGUGGCCGAUUGGGUGGAAGAUUUCUACCUAAGACACCCCUUCGUGCGCAGGUUUAUAGCAGAUAAUGGGACAAAAUUCGUUAACCAGGAAGUGUUGAACAGGCUUAAGACACUGUGUGUACCGAUCAAGAUCACCAAGCCCUACCAUCCUGAGGCAAAUGCACCAGUAGAAAGAAGGCACCGGACUUUAAAGAACACAAUCGCAAAGUUGGCAGCAGAUAAUUUGGGAAGUUGGUCACGGAUUCUCAAGCAGGCAGUCUUCGCCGAGAACAUGACUCCAAAAAGAAUAACGGGAUGUAUUCGAGCAGAACUCUGGUAUGGAAGGGAGAUCGAUUUUCCGAUAGAAGCCUUGGCUCCUACCUGGAACAUGCUAGAUGACGACCAACACUUGAGCACGGAAGAGUUAAUCACCGCACGUUGUCAGCAGGUCACCAGGAAUGAGGAGGCACUCGAGGAAGUAGUCAAUCGUGUGACGGACAACCGAAUGAGGGAUAAAGCAAGGUGGGACCAGGUUAAGAACAUUCGGAAGGAGCCACUCCAGUUGGGGGAAAACGUGUUAGUUAGGAACUCGGCUCUUGAAAGCACAUGGUCUGGGCAGCUGGGAAAAAGGUUCAAAGGGCCUUACAGGAUCGCUAAGCGGGUGGGACGGAACACAUUUGAACUUGAGGAUCUCGAUGGGACUACCAUAAGAGUGUCAUUUCCGGAACAGAGAUUGGUCAGAUUUUUUAGCAGGGAUCCGGUGGAACAGUGGCUACAAGAGGUCCAGGACAGGGAAACUGGGGAACUGACAGUCUAAAAGGCAGGCAGUUGGCUAUAAGUUCUGGGCCGCCUCCCUGUGGAAGUGAUCAUGACCACAGGGAUUGUUCGUUUGUGUGUCUUAACUUUUGUGGAACGUGUUGCUAAGCUCGAAGCAGCUAAGGACUGGGUAACAAAUGCUACUUCAUAUA